AUGGUGUCCCUGGACAACGAGGAGGUCACUGAACGGCUUGGCGAGAUGGAUACUAACGGAGAUAAACUGGUGUCCUGGGAUGAGUACAUGGCAGACUCAUUUCCUGAUCAAGAUGUCAAGAAUCUCGACCCUGAUGACAGGAAACUAAUGGAGGAAGACAAGUUAUAUUUCAAAGCCGCUGAUCUCGAUGGAGACGGCAUGUUGAACAAGGAUGAAUUAAGUGCCUUCUUGAAUCCGGAAAAUUAUAAACAUAUGCACAAAGUUUUAGUUGAGGUUACAAUGAAAGAGAAGGACGCGAACAAGGAUGGAGCGAUUGACUUGAAAGAGUUCCUAGGUGAAAUGGCUGACAAUGAGCACAGUGAUUGGCAUACGGUAGAGAAGGACAGGUUCCUGGCUGAGUACGACUCUGAUGGUGACGGUGUGCUGCGUGGCGAUGAAGUGCGUCGUUGGUUAGUUCCAGACAUGAAGGCGGUCGCACAGCAGGAAGCGACUCAUCUUGUCAACGGUGCCGAUAAAGACAAGGAUGGAAAACUGUCCAUGGCAGAGAUUGUUGAUGCUUAUGAGCUGUUCGUUGGCUCAGAAGUGACCAACUACGGUGAAGAUCUGCACAAAGUUCCGCACACAGAGCUCUGA